AUGCGUCUCACGGUCCCCGAAACCGGCGCUCUCCUCAGCGCCUUCUUCUCUUUCGCUCUGGCCUCCGAUCCCCUGACGCUGUACCUCCCCGCGAAGCCGAACCCCUUCACCCUCCCACCGUCCACCCACGCGACGCUCUCCUCCUCCGGCGUGCACUACUCUGCGCCGCUAUCUUCAGCCAACACCUUUGUCUUCCGAAACGUCACUCCCGGGUCGUACCUCGCUGAUAUCCACGCCCCGACCGACGCGUUCCACCCGCUGCGCAUCGACAUCCAGGUCGUCGAGGGCGCUGAGCACGAUGUCGUCCAGGCGUGGGAGACUUUCCGCGGAAAUGACUGGGGAAACAAGGGCGAGGCUGUUCCCGUGAAGGAGGGGAGCAAGGGGAGGGGUUUCGAGGUUAGGGCGAUUGGCUCCAAGAACUACUUUAUGGAGAGGCCGCAGUUCUCCGUCUUUUCUAUUCUCAAGAACCCCAUGAUCCUCAUGGCUCUUGUCAGUCUGGUUCUGCUAGUCGGCAUGCCCAAACUCAUGGACAGCAUGGAUCCCGAGCUGCGCGCCGAGUUUGAAGCUCAGCAGAAGAACAGCCCCAUGAACGCCGUCAUGAAUGCACAGGCUUCGGGCGAGAACCCUCUCACCAACUUUGAUAUGGCUGCCUAUCUCGCCGGCUCCAACAAGAAGGAGGGCGGAAACAGCGGCAACAAUGGUGGUGGCUCUUCAAAGAACCAAGGCGUGAGACGGUAA